GACAAAGUAACAGUCGGAUGUUCCAGUUAAGCUGAAGCCGUUUCAUUAAUGUCUGACGCUUAAAAUGGAAUGGACGGCUGUCGCUCUGCUCGUGACCUUGAUUCACUAUGGUAGCUGCAACCAGCCGCCGGUGUUCGACGCGGACAUGAACAACGAGCCGCUGGCGGAGAGCACGCCGGUCGGGCAGGUCGUCUACAAGCUGGAGGGCCACGACCCGGAGGGCUCUCCCGUCUACUACGGCAUCCAAGGCACCGACAGAUUCUCCGUCGAUCGCACCCAGGGAGAAGUCCGCAUCGUCAAACCCCUCGAUAGAGAGGUCAACGAUACUUUGAGGUUUCAAGUAACACUUGAAGAUGAGGUUGAGGGUGGCACUAACAACCUGGUCGAAGUCCCCAUUUCAAUUAUCAUUCUCGAUGAUAAUGAUAAUGCACCAGUUUUCAAGGAGACCCCAUAUGAAUUCGUCGUUCCAGAGAAUGCAGCUGUGGGCACAACAGUUUUCUCCAACAUCAAAGUAGAAGAUGCCGAUCUUGUAGGAGAAAUUUUGGAUGUGGUUUGUGAGAAUAGUUUACAGGCGGAAAAAGUUUGCUCAAAGUUUGGAUUGGUGACAAUUAAUGCAACGGAGAGGCUUUUUCUUGGAGGCCUUGUUUUGAAGGAACCCUUAAAUUAUGCAGAUCAACAAUUCUAUGUCCUUGGCUUAACUGCUUAUGACGGCAUGCAUAACACAAGUGCAAGCAUUGAGAUCACAGUGGGUGAUGUCCAGGACACUCCUCCAGUCUUUGUUGGUUCCUUGACUGGUGUCGUGCGUGAAGAUGCUCCCAUUGGAACUUUGGUUAUGACUGUCCAGGCUCGAGAUGGGGACAAAGGCCAACCAAGGCCUGUUGUAUACGAUCUCAUUAUGAAUCCUAUGGACUACUUUUUAAUUGAUACCACAAGUGGAGAGCUGAGAACUGCACGUCCUCUUGAUCGAGAAGCCCUGGACAAAUCCAAUGGUGUUGUUUCUCUCACUAUUCGAGUGCGAGAAGUAGUAGAUGGUAUCCCAAGCAAUGAUGAAUCCACCGUUGCAACUGCGAUUGCAACCAUUACAAUCAAAGAUGUUAAUGAUGAACCACCCAGGUUUAACAAAAGAGACUACUCCGUCAUUAUCAAAGAAAAUAUUCCAACUGGCACCCCUCUUCCACAUUUGGAUAUGAUUGUCACGGAUCCAGAUGUUGGAUCAAACGCACAAUUCUCAUUACGCCUGGAAGAUGUCUCCAAGGCCUUUUCCGUUGAACCAACAGCUGCAAAUGGUUCAACCUCCGUCAGCAUCAGAGUUACCAAUGGUUCCCUAGACUAUGAAAACCCCAAUCAACGGAAAUUCAUCAUCCUCGUCAUAGCCGAAGAAACAAACACAACCAAACAUCUCUCUUCGACAGCUACACUGACAGUUGAAGUCUCUGAUGCAAAUGACAAUGCACCAACAUUCGACAGAGAUGCUUAUGCAGUCACUGUUAGCGAGACUGCUACUCCUGGAACAAUCAUUUCCACAAUAACCGCCAUGGAUCGUGAUAGCGGCGAAUUCGGGCGGGAUGGCUUGGUGUAUCAGUUGCAAGGUGACAAAGCGGAACGCUUCUCGGUAGAUCCAGAGACAGGGACGAUAACAGUUGCUCUUUGUAACACCCCAGGGACAGACCCCUGCUUAGAUUAUGAAACUCAGUCAGUCUAUUUCUUAACCUACAAAGCAACAGACACGAGUGGAGAGGGCCUCUCGACAUCAGUUCCGCUCAAAAUUUCACUUCUAGAUAGCAACGAUAAUCCACCUGAGUUUGAGAGCAACCACUAUUCAGCAUUGAUUGAUGAAGGAAAAACGGAGUUCGAUCCGCCAUUGAUUGUCCAAGCUAGAGAUAAAGACAAAACGUCAGAAAUCAGGUACUCAAUAGAAUCGAGUAACGCAGAGGGGCUUGUUGACAUAAAUCCACUAACGGGAGAGAUAACUGUCAUCAGCCCUGAAGGUCUGGAUAUGUCAGCAAUAGACGGAGAAACACUUUCACUAGUUGCGGGGGCUUCUGAUGACAUGUUCAAAGUACUUACUACUGUCAAUAUCACAGUCCUAGACGUCAACAAUAAUGCCCCCGAAUUUGAGUACGAUAACAUCACAAUAAAUGUGAAGGAAGAUACUCCUGUGGGUGCCUCUCUUAUGACUGUCUCGGCAUACGAUGCAGAUACAGGAAUCAAUGCCGUCGUGAACUACCGUAUUGAAAAAGGCGCUUUUUCUGAUUUUGCUGUUGAACCUUUGUCGGGAGAUCUGAGUAUAGCAUCCAAGUUGGAUUAUGACCGCAGGAUGGAUUACACCAUUGAAAUAAUUGCUUAUGAUGGUGGAACCCCCUCCUUGACUGGAACAACAACAGUCAACAUCAAUAUUGAAAAUACAAAUGAUAAAAAUCCAUACUUCUCUCCUGCUCUUCAGCGAAUUGAUGUUGCAGAAGAUGCAGCCGUCGGUAAGGUGUUUUAUCGUUUGGUCGCAAAAGAUCCAGAUGUUAACCAGUCGGAUGCUUUGAACUUCGCAGUUGCUGAACCUAUUACUGCAGUCGACAAAAAUGGAGUAGAAGUAGAUUAUGAUACUUCCUAUAAAACCUUUUUCUCUGUUGAUAAACUAACUGGGGAUGUUUCCGUCGCCAACCCGCUACAAAGAGAUAUGGCAGCAGUUGUUCGUCUGACCGUCAUCGUGACGGAUACUACUGCUCCCAAUCUUCAGCAAGGAAACGGCACUCUUAUUGUGUCAAUCAUGGAUGUGAAUGACUUCGCGCCUCAGUUUCCUCCUCCGUGGACCAGAGAAAAUCCAAAGUACAGUUUCAGCAUUUGGGAGGAACAGCCUAUUGGCACUGUUUUAGGAACGUUCACUGCUUUUGAUGAAGACUCAAUCAUUGACCACUACGCCAUUGUCCCCGAAAGUGAGUACUUUGAGGUCAACAACGAAACAGGCGCCAUCAAAUCGAAAAGUAGGAUCGAUUUUGAAAAAGUGGAAACCAUACAUUUCAACCUUUUUGCUUACGAUUCUGGUCUCCCCCAAAUGUCAUCAUCUGCGCUAUUUAUCGUCCAUGUCAACAAUACCAAUGACAAUAGUCCUGUUUUUAAUCAGAGUGAAUAUCAUGCAAGUAUCAUGGAAAAUUCUCCGCGUGGAACCUACCUGACAACAGUGCAGGCAACUGACGAUGACAAAGGAAUCUUGGGCAAAGUAAGUUAUCGACUCACAGGGAGUGACGGUCUUGCCAGUAUUGACUUUAACGUUGAUGACAUGGGUUCCAUCUUCGUUGCUAACCCUGAGUCACUUGAUCGUGAGUUAAAUGCAGAAAUCACUAUCCAAGUUAUUGCAUAUGACGGAGGACUCGGGGAUAACAUGAGAUCUGCAUCCGCUCCCCUUCACAUCAAAGUGAUUGAUGUAAAUGACAACAAACCUGUGUUCAGUCAACAUCAUUACACAGCAUCAAUUGUUGAAAAUAUACCUCUGUCUCCUGCUGCCCCGAUUGUCCAACUAAAAGCGGAAGACAAAGAUAACAAUGCUCAGUUAAUGUUCAAAAUUGUGUCAGGGAACAGCGACGAUGUGUUCCGAAUCGAUCCUGAAACUGGGAUAAUAUAUCCUCAAGCCUCACUUCAAGGAAAAUUGUCGCAGUAUGUGUUGGCUGUUGAGGUCUCCGACAGCAAAUUUUCAGACACUGCAAAAGUGGAUAUCGCAGUUUUAGAUGUGAAUCAAGCUCAACCUCUGUUCAAAGAACCUCCUUUGCCCAACGCCACAGUUCUAGUUCCUGAAAACACUGGGCCAGAUCACCUAAUUAUGAAGGUUCAUGCUAUAGACACAGACUCUGGUGAAAAUGGUCGCGUAACAUAUCAUUUCAAAAUCAAUAAUCUAAAUGUACAAGAAACGGAGGAGUUUAUGAUUAAUGCUGAUACUGGGGAGCUCAAAUCAAAGAUUCUUCUAGAUCGAGAGGAAAAAUCCAGUUACCAGUUGGUGUUGGUAGCACGUGAUCAAGGAUCUCCAACUUGGUAUGAAUCUUUGCGUUUUCUCACGAUAGUUCUCGAAGACGUAGAUGACAACAAACCGACUUUCAUGAAAGAAAAUGCAAGUGCAUCAUUCCUGUUUCAAGUGCGUGAAAACAAUCCUUUGCACCUCCGAAUUGGCAAACUGGAAGCAUUCGACAAAGAUGAAGGGGUAAACGCCAAAGUUUAUUAUUACAUUAUAGAAGGUAACGCGGAUCGUAGUUUUGCUGUUGACCGUUUAGAUGGAUCUGUGUAUACAAAUUCGUCUCUUGACCGAGAAACAAGAUCCACCUAUGACCUCUACGUCAAAGCAACAAACGAUCCUGACUAUUACCCAGCAAAGGAGAGUAACGUUUCGUUGGAAGACCCAAGUGUGGCUCGUGUGCGAAUUUUGGUUUUGGAUGAAAAUGAUAACCCGCCCAUUUUUAAUCAAACGGAAUACAACACAGGCGUCAACAGCAUGGCGGACUUGGGUACCUUGGUGUGUCAAGUCGAUGCGUCGGAUUUAGACGAAGGAGCAAAUGGUUCCUUAACGUAUCAAAUAACAGCUUCAUAUUUGUACAGGGCAGGCUCCAAUGUGUCCUCUGGCUCGGUGGUGCCGAGUCCUUUCAUGAUUAAUUCUUCAGGCCGUAUCACCAUUGCUGCUUUUGUUGCCGAGUAUAACCAGGAAUGGUUUAAACUCAAUGUUGUUGCCAAAGAAUCAGCUCCUCCUUUCAGAGAAGCUGUUGCCAUUGUAAAUGUUUGGAUCUACGAACAGAAGCAGUUAAUUCGAGUGAUUCUAUCCCGUCCUCCAAAAGAAGUGCACCAAGACAAAGAGGAAAUAGUCAUGGAACUUUCAAAUGUUACCAACCACCUAGUGGUUGUCGAUGAGAUUAAAUAUCAUCUGCAGAAUAACGGUAGCAUCCGAUAUGAUUGGUCGGACCUGUACAUGCAUGUGAUUGACCGAAAAACGCAAAAUAUUGCUCAAAUUACUGAUAUUCUAGAAAUGAUUGAUACGCAAUAUGACUUGCUCAAAGAUUACUAUGCUAGUUUCGCAAUUGAAAAUGUCAUCCCUGCAUACAUUAUUUCCAAUGUGGAGCCUUUUGAGCCAGCUCUAGCUGCCUUGGUAGCCUUGUUGAUUGUAUUAUGUGUUGGUACAAUAUCAAUUAUAAUUGUUUGCUGUUGCUUCCGUCAUUGGGUCGUAACGGACCCCUCAGAUGUGAAAUCGGACAUGUUGAUAAAGAAGACUAUUAUCGACGAUCUCAACACAACUGAGAAUCCCUUAUGGAUUGAACAGAAAUUGAAACUCUACGAGGAGCAAGAACUAACAAUGCAAGUGUUCUGUGAACCAGACAGAAUCCGAAGGGAUAGUGUUGGGGAUUUAUCAGUGGGAGGAGACAACACCUAUGCUACGAUACAGCGCCCUCACUCACAGCAGAGGGACUACGCCACUCUGGGUGGCUCGAUUCUACCCUUGGACAGUGCAAGCACGCACAGUCAGCAAUCUGAUUCUUUUCAGAUGUACGAGGCUGCAUUGGGUUUCCAAGGAUCAACGUUCCAAGUGCCCGAUUCACCACCAGACACAGCUGAUUUGCUACGAGCACGCAGUGAGCUGAGAGUGAACAAAGAUGGUCAACCAGAAUUUGUCUCAGAGCUUAUUUAGCUCUGAUGAGUUCUUUCUUUGUGAAAAUUAGUCCAUUUCAUUGUCUUUUUUUGUGUUUCUAUUUGUGAUUCUAAGAAUGUUAAUCACAGUCUUAAAGUGCAGGAAAGUUACAGGAGCCGUUUGUAGCUUUAUCGUUUUUUUUUAUUAUUUUUUUUUCUUUAAAAAAGAGUAAAAAUAAGUAGAAUAUACCAUCAGAAAUAUAAUGGAUCAGUUGCGUACAGAAUUGUAUUUUGAUGGUUUAAGGUAAUUGAUAAGUAGACGAUAUGUAAUUAAAUCCGUCCAAACGCCUAAUUUCUACUUCCGAGAAUUACGGAGAUAUUGCCCCUCGUUAAACAUGGUGCAUGAUGUCUUCUACCACAUUAGUACAUACAAUAGCUUCCUCCACCUUGGAUUCAUAAAUUAGUGACACACAGAGUUUUGUUGGUCGCUUGACUUCAAACACGGAUGAAACCAAAGUGGAAGAAACCGUGUCAUGUACCUCCAAGGUAUGGAAGACAUCAUACACUGUGUUUUUUGAAGUGCAAUACCUCUAUCAAUAUUGGAAGUAGGAACUUUGCGUCUGGUCAGUCUUUAUUAUUUUUGGCUGCUUUAUAAUCUGAAACUAUCAAAACACGAUUCUACGACUAGCGCAAUCCUGAUUCUUCACUAACUUUGCAUGUCAAAGUUUUGAGCUCUCUUAGCUUUCCUGCAUCAUUAGAAGACUUGCCAAGUAAGUUCAAACUCUUUUAGAGUAAGAUAGCAGAUCUCUGCCAUUUUGAUUCUUACACUUAAUUUUGAUGCAAAAAUGAAGAUGGGAGAUCUUCUCUCUAAUAGUGUGCAAACUUAUUUGGCAUGGACUUUAUCUUCCAUUUGUCUUCCUUUACAUGGCGAAGGAAAAUGUUCCCCUCACUACAUGGCACUCAGUGCCCAAAUUUAGUAUUGUGUUUUAUGUGAUCAUGUACUUGCAUUUUGUCAUUCCAUUUAGUGUCUUAUCAUUGCCAUACUCUCUCUUAAAUCUUUUGUCUUAAAAUUUUUAAGUCUCGUAUUGUUGUGUCAAAUAAGUGGCAACGAAGCUAUUCGACGUCAAGUAGAGAAUAGCAUUAUUUUAAACCCUCUAGCAACGAAAUUUUGUGUUCAAAAGUUUCAAUUGUGAUUCCUUUUUUAGUGAAUUUUACUGUUUAUUGGUUGUGAAUGUACCUUCAAUAAUUUUGAAACGAACAACGCCUUUUUUGUAAGAUUUUGUAUAUAAGACUGCUAAAAUUUUUUGUGAUUUUCCUUGAGAUCACACAAUUGUCCUGGUACGUAUUCUAACUUGAAUGUUUUAUUUGUUGGAUUUGUAUAGAAAGAAACCCUUUUUGAAACGAUUUUAAUGUAUUUUAAAUACUCUGAUCGAUGGCUGAAUUCAGAAACCAUGUAGCUAUUUUGUUUUGCAGUCUUGCAGAUUUACAUCACACUUUAUCAAUAAGAAAACCAAUCAGCUGAAUUUUUUUAUAAUUUUUAUGAUUUUUCUUCUCUGUUUUUAGAAUAUUCUAUGGAAACCUCAAGCAAAUAUAUCUGCUAAUUUCCCCUCAAAAAGAUAAAAUACGAGUAUGAGACAUCACACUGUAGGUACAUGGUUUCCAAGCUUAGCUAUAACUAUGCAAUGGAUGAAGGUCAGUUGAAAGUGAAACCUUUCCUGUCUGAGAAGGAACUGUGCCAAUGAAAAAAAUGGAUAUUUUCUUCUCAUUUGAAAUUUUGUUUCAUAAUUUUUUGAACUGUUUUUAACACAAAUAAUUAUUGUUUUCAAUAAUAGAUUUUAAUAUAAGACUACUAUUAUUUCUGCUUUCAACUUGGUCCGUUCUAUGUGUGUGUGCUGGACUAAAACUUCCUCUCCCCACUGUUUGAAUGUUUCCUAGGUUUCAAAUUUUUUCAGCUGACCUCCAUGCGUUAAGAUUUUUUUUAAAAAAUUUGAUUAAUAAUACUGUGAUAAUAUUUAUUACGUAUUAUUUGUACAAAUGUUUAUUAGUUAGUAUCAAAUUUGUGUGAUAUUAUGAUUUCUAUGUUGUAGGAGUCGCAUUUGCCUAGGAAUGAGGUUCAGCCUCAGCUUUAUUUAAUAUCAUUGUCAAAACUUUAUUUAGUUCAAAAUUUUAAUUAUUGCAUAAUACUGUUAAAAUACUGUUCAUUUGUCCCCCCCCCCCCCCCCCCCCGCUCAGUAUGUGUCAAUUGUUUUAUAUUUCCAUAAUACCUCCUUUCCAUGCUCCAAGCAUGUUGUAUAGAAAUUGAAAGUCUCCCGUCUUAAAAUUUAGUCUGCGUCUCACCUGGUUAUCUUAAUCCAGAUUUCCUGGCUACUUUUUCAACAGUAAUUUAGUCUAUACCAGGCAUUCAAGCAUGACAACAAAUUUUCUAGUAUGAUCCAUCUCCUUGUUUCUCAUUUUAUUGUACCUAAGCUCUUUGAUAACUUCCUCUCAAAGAAAGAAAAGGACAGCAUUGAAUUCUCUUUGUUGUGAGAACUAUAUCGUUGUUUCUAGUAUUUUUAUUUGUCUCCUAACUAGGUACAUGGAGAGUAGGUAUUGGAAGCACUCUAAAACUAUUAUGGAUUCUGCGUGUAAAAGUGUCCCAAUUAUCAGUCAUCAGAGAAAAAAUUUAAUUUUGGUUUAGAUUUUUCUGUUUGUCCAGAAUGGGUGGUGAAUGUUUGGAGCUGUCAGUAAAGUCUUACGCAAGCUCUCUGAUUGGCUCAUUUUGUAAUGCACCAUUAGAUAAGGUGCGAAUUUAAGCAUUAUGAUUUUUGUAUCCCCCAUCAAAACACCUGGGACACGAUUUGUACAGCAAUAAUUACUGAAGUUAACUCCCAACCUAGAUAUUAACGCUUUUCGAUACAACAAACCAAACCUUCCUCUCACAAUAAAAAAUCAUAACCUACUUCAGCUCAAUCCCUCACUGAAAGUUACCAUAACAGUCUUUGCAGUGUGAAAAUAUGACACCCUCAAUAUUGAUGCUGUGGCUCAGCUAUUGCACAAUGUUUACACUUUAAGCAACACAGGGUGAGAAAGCAACACUGCUUAUCAAGAAACCUGCCAAAAUCAUUAAAGUUUUUCAAUUUUAUUCAAGUAGAUUAUGUUUUUUGAUGGGAACGGGAAAUUCAAAUUUUUGAUAACCAAUGCUAUGUAAAAACGUUGAUAUCUUUGUUUGGACUUAAUUUCAGUAAUUUUCGUUGCUUAAACCGUGUUCCUUCUGAAAUUCUUAAGCAGAAAUAUACAUAGGUAGAUCAGAAUGCUUGAAUUCGUAAUUUCUCCAAUGGUGUCCUUUCCUCAUAUUAUUUUCACAGAAUUCUGAGCUAACUGUAAGCAACAAAUUUAGGAUGUAAAAAGUCAUGGAGACGGGUCAGAGGUAGAGAGUCUUACUUUCACCAUUAUGUUGCAGCGUUUCACUCUCCUAUCCCUGUAUGCAUUAUCAAGUGUUUGUCUCUGUGUUUUACGUCGGCAAUUUUGUUCAAACCAUGAAUUUUAUGAAAAUUUCAAGACAAAAUUUGCCACUGUUCUUUAAAAUAUCAAUACACUGUCAAGUGAAACUUCGCAAUGUUGCACUUUAAUCACGUUCCUAUGGCUCUGAUCCCUUCAUUUGAUACUCUCAAGCCUGCAAUUUGUUAAAGAACUCCUGACAUGCGUUCUUUCUCUCCAUGUACCUUGUUUUAUUAGAUUGGAUCAGCUGAAGGACAUUGUUGAAAAACGCCUUUUCCCAAAAUUGUAAAGCUUGUGCAAAAUAGGUGUUCAUUAAAUAUUUCAAUUUAGAAAUGCCCUUAUCUGUUGCUCUGCUUAUGAAGUGCAGGACUUGUGAGAAUAAAGUUGCAAUUCUAAUUAUUUAGGUGUUUUGCUCAGGUAUUUGUGCCUUUCGACAAUGGUCCAUCCCAUUUUCUUUAUCUAAGACGCCUACAUAUUUUCUCAGUAUGUAGUAACUUUACUCUCACAUGGCAUUCCAAGCAUGGCAAGAAUUUUUUAACCCAUUUCAUCCAAGGCUAGACCUGAAAUUAAAAGUAUAAACUUUAGAAAAUUGUCUUUGCUCAACAUAAUUUUGAGAAAUAAGUAACGCAGCUGAAGAGGCUCGCAAAGUAAAUCAAGUGGAAUGUUUUUUUUUCCUCUUUCUGUUUCUUUCAAUCAUUACUUUCCUUUUUUGUGAUGAAUUUUAUUCCUGCAGAGGGAAUAUAAAAGUAUUGUCAUGUAGAAUGUCAAAUAUGACCUCAGAACCCUAAAAGAUGAAAGUCCCAACCCUAUUUCAAAACUUAUUUAUAAAUCACCUUUAACAUCACUAUUGUUAAUAAAUUCUUACAAAAGAGAGGAUUUUAAUUUUUUUUUUAAUUUGAAUUGUUUUUUUGCAAUUGCUUCUUUAAAGCAGAAAUUCCUUAGUUUGAUCAAGACUUUUGAAGGGUCAUAGCUUAAAAAUGUUCCCAUUUUUAAUAAAACUUAAAGAGUCAAUUCUUUGUCAAUAUGUGUAGAAGUGAAAAAAUUUCAAAUCAAUUUGUUCUGUGGACCAGGAGCUCUGUCACUUUAUCGAAAGUUUGAAGUAGUCAUCAUAUGAAAUCCCUUUCACAUGUUUUGAUCCCUAAAUUUUGUAGCACACUCAAAAUUAGCCCAGAAAUAUUGGUGGGUGACAUCUGUUUUCAUAUCUUUUUUGGCGUUUUAUAGUGUGCCUUUUUACUUUGAUUUCCUUCUGUAUUGACUCAUUUUUGCUUUUACCAUUUUAAAUAAGUAUCAUGCUGAUCUAUGAUGGAACAGGAAAAAACUGGAUUUCACUUGUAGUGCCUUAAAAAUUCCACCUCAUUUUAUUCUCUCUCUCAAAAAAAAAAAAAAAACUUUGUAAUACUCGCGUAUGAAACUAUUAAGUAUUAUUUUAGUUAGCUCUAAAUCAAUUAAGGCAAAUCUCAAGCAUUGUGUCCUUUUUUUCCUUUUUUUAAAAUAAUAAUAAUAAUAAUAAUAAUAAUAAUUUGAAAUUGCACAUAAAAGGAGGUGAGAAAAGUCACAAAUUAGACUCAUGAUUCUACCACCUUUAUCAUUGAAGUGUUUCUUUAUUCUUGCAAUGCAUUUUUUUGUUUCACUAGAUAUUGCCGUACGAACUACUGGUAGUUACUCUGCCUAUAUAGGCAUUUUACUAUUUAAUAUCAAGAAAAUAAUAUAUCUAUUUCAAAUCACAAUUUAUAUGGUAUUCAUUGGUGUUUUUUGUGCCUUCUAGGUUCAUUUUUAAUGAACUUUAUUUUAAGAAUAAAAACCUAGCAAGAGUUUCUGGUUAAGGUGAAAAAUUUCAAACAUUCAUCAUUUUACGUAAGUGACCCGUAUUUUUCACCCUUUAAGUUAUGUGAUUUCCCAAGUCUCUGUUUAUCAUUGUUUUUCCCAAAAAUGUUCCCUAUACUUCUAUUCAGUAUUUUGAGAUAUUUAUUUCCAGAGCUUCCUUAUCCUUUUAGUCUUAUUUUUUUACACGCAUAGCUGUAAGUGCCAAACCAUGUCUUGUAAGUAGUAAUAAAUAUUUGUAUAUUUUUAA